AUGGAGUGUGCUGCUAUUCGAAAAACUACCAGCGGCUCUAAAAAAGUCAAGGUGACUGGGUGGGACAUCCAGCCUGGCAUCGGAAAGGACGCAUGCACACAGUUUGAGGUCAUCUUAUCAGACGGCUCCCAAGCCAAGGACCCUCCCUGGUCCACCAGAUGCAGAUGCAGAUCUCACUCUUUGUAUUCGACCGUUCUUGAAGGUUGUGAAGCACACUACCCACGAAGCCGUUUUCGUGGAUAUUGCGAGUGGGACCUUCGACUUGUGGACCACAAGCUUCAUAUUGUCUUGCGUGCUGUUGAUGGCGUUGAGUGGAGCACAAGUUUGGAGUCGGACAGCAACCAGCUGAUAGUUCCAGCGCAGCAGGCUCAACUAGCCGAACUUUUCAUUGCGCUUUGUGUAGCAUGUCAAAAUCGUUUUGGAGCUGCUGCGCUGCAACUGAGGGCUGAGAGUCCCGGACCUCAUGUCUUUGCCGCUCCAUUUUGUGAAGUCGGUGGUCUGCCUUGCCGAGACAGAGACGAUACAUGUUUCGAACUAUGCCGAGCCUCAGACCAGAGCUGGAGCAUCCUCUCGCCGGAUAAUAUACUGUGGUGGACGCGCGAAAUCACUCAAGAGGCUCCGCAGCGGAAGCAUCCCAAACCAGCUAACUGGGGAGGCAUACAAGAUGCGCGGCGAAACUACAAGAGCCUUAAGGAGUCAAAGAAAAGGGCGAGCAUGCUGCCACCUGUAGACUUGACGGAGGCCCCUCGGGUCCAUGGCUCGGUGAUGAAAUUUGCCCAAUCUGGCAAACCCAACGGCAACACUAUCAACCCCUUGAGGCUGAUCCACGUUCAGACGCGGGAUAUGAUAGCAACCGCGGAACUUGAGACAAAGCGCUAUGCUGCAAUCUCGUACACCUGGAGUCAAGUCAGUAAAGCAAAGUUACUAGAAAGCGCAACAACUCGAGCAAAGGAGCUCGGAUAUGAGUAUAUAUGGAUUGACCAAUAUUGCAUCGAUCAGACCAACCGGCAAGAGAGGAAUGCCGAAAUUAAGCGCAUGAGAUAA